AUGGCUUCAGCAGCUGUUCAACUUCCCGGUUCUCCAGGCUCUCUGCUCUCCGAAAAGCCCCGAGUCCCCAUCUCUGAAAAGCCUCACCAUGUUCAAACUACCCUCAACUUCUUUAAAGAGAAUGAGGAUGGCUCACCACCGGCACCCGCAUAUACGAGCAAGCCAGAAACUUACGAUCGACCUGCGGCUCCUCUCGCGGCCACCAUCCACGAUGUCAGCGGGCAUGAGCUUGACUACAAGCUCGACAGUCAUGGAUUCCAGCUCUACUACCAUGAAAGCCAAGAGAAGGACUUCCUCGACGAGGAGAAGAUCAAGCGUGAAUACUACCCGGAAACAGAACAACUGCUCAAAGACGCCACGGGCGCAUCCCGCAUCUUCAUCUUCGACCAUACCAUCCGAAGAGCCCAACUCGACGGAUCCACCGGCGUCCGUCUCCGCGGACCUGUCCAGCGCGUGCACAUCGAUCAAUCCUAUACCGCAUCCAAGAACAGAGUCUCCCACCAUCUCCCAGCCGAGGCACCCGAGCUUCUCAAGGGCCGAUACCAGAUUAUCAACGUCUGGCGUCCGAUUAAAACCAUCCUGAAGGAUCCACUGGCUGUGGCAGAUGCGCACUCAGUCCCCGAUAGUGACCUUGUCCCCAUCGGGCUCAUCUACCCGGACCGUCAGGGUGAGACAUAUGGCGUCAAGCCAGAUCCUAACAUCAAGUGGUAUUACCGCUAUGGCCAGACUCCGGACUUGGUGACUCUGAUCAAGUGUUUUGAUUCCAAGGUUGACGGAAGAGCUCGUCGUGUGCCCCAUACUGCUUUUGUGAACCCAGAGACGGAGCACGAAGCGGGACGAGAGAGUAUCGAAGUGCGAGCAUUGGUUUUCCAUCCUGAUGACCGUGACUAG